CGAGUUUUUUUCGUCUCUGAUGUUUUCCACCUUCGCAAACGGCAUUGUCUAACAAUAAUAAUAUAUUUCGCCGAAAAUUGAAUUUUAUCAAUAAAAGAGAAGUAUAUCGCCAGCCAUGUCAGCGUUAGAUGCGGAAGCCACCGACGAGCAGUUCGGCAAUGACCAGUCCAAGCCAAUGUCGGGGCCCAUUAUUGGAAUAAUUUACCCGCCGCCGGAAGUCAGAAAUAUCGUUGACAAGACAGCCAGCUUUGUAGCACGCAAUGGACCGGAGUUCGAGGCGCGAAUCCGGCAGAACGAGCUGGGUAACCCGAAGUUUAACUUCUUGAACGGAGGCGAUCCCUACCACGCAUACUACCGGCACAAAGUCAACGAGUUCCGAGAGGGGAAUGAUGCCGGGAUUGCUGCCGUUGCUGGUAUGAAGCAACUGGCCGUGACCAGUGCCGCUCAGCAGCGACAGCAGGAGCUACUGAAGCAAGUGGUGGAGCAGCAGUUUGUGCCGAAGGAGCCUCCCCCGGAGUUUGAAUUCAUUGCCGAUCCGCCGUCAAUUUCUGCUUUGGACUUGGAUAUUGUGAAGCUAACUGCUCAGUUUGUUGCCCGUAAUGGUCGGCAGUUCCUGACCAAUUUGAUGAGCAGAGAACAGCGAAACUUUCAGUUCGACUUCCUGCGUCCUCAGCACUCACUCUUUCAGUACUUUACCAAACUUCUUGAGCAAUACACAAAGGUGCUGAUCCCCCCAAAGGAUCUACUGGGAAAGCUGCGGGUCGAGAGCGCCCCGGGACGAAGUAGCAUGAACCAUGUGCUGGACCAAGUCAAAUACCGGGCCAACUGGCAACGUCAUCAGGAGGCUCAACGGCGUCGUGAGGAAGAGAAAGUGGAGCGGGAGCGUGUUGCCUACGCCCAGAUCGACUGGCACGACUUUGUGGUUGUGGAGACUGUGGACUAUCAGCCUUUUGAAUCCGGAAACUUUCCGCCACCAACAAAUCCCGACGAAGUGGGUGCCCGCGUGCUAAUGGAGGAGCGUCUUAUGGAAGAAGAGGGCGACAUUGAAAUGCAGAUCGAAUCUGACGACGAGGACGCCGCGCCGGUGCCUGGCCAUUUGGAAAGCGGCGGUGUCAAGCUUUCGCAAAUGGAAAAUCGUGUUGGUAUUCAGAUGAAGAACAUAUCUUCCUACUCUCAGGCAGCAGGGGCCAAGCGGGACAACACUCAGGUGCAGGACAUGGACGAGGCCUCCAGCGAUGAGGACACUCCGACGUCCAAACUUCAGCCGCCUGUGGCACCGAUGCUGCCACCCACCCACGACAAAGUGGUGGUCAAGAAAUACGAUCCCAAGGCCACACAACCAAAGCCAGCGCCAAUGCCCACGGACGAGUAUCUCAUCUCUCCAAUUACCGGCGAGAAAAUCCCGGCUUCAAAGGUAUCGGAGCACAUGCGUAUCGGAUUGCUGGAUCCGCGCUGGGUGGAGCAGCGCGACAAGCACACCGUGGAAAAGAUCAACCAGGACAACGUCUUUGCAGCGGGAACUGCCAUCGAGGCGAGUCUCAAGCAACUGGCCGAGCGGCGUACGGAUAUUUUUGGUGUUGGCGACGAGGAAACGGUGAUCGGCAAGAAGCUGGGCGAGGAGGAGACGAAGAAGGACGACCGUGUCACCUGGGACGGACACACCUCCAGUGUGGAGGCUGCUACGCGUGCAGCCAGAGCCAAUAUCACGCUGGAGGAGCAGAUUCAUCAGAUCCACAAGGUCAAGGGGCUGUUGCCGGACGAAGAGAAGGAGAAGAUCGGACCCAAGCCGGUUGGCAGCAAGGCCACUCUCUCGGCUCCACCACAGCCUUCGUCCAAGACGCAGCACAGCCACUCCAACCAGAAUCAGCAUCACCAAGGAGGCGGUGGUGGUGGAGGUCACCAUGGUCAUCACAGUAUGCACCACCACCAUCCUCCGCAGCCACAUCAACCCCCUCCACAGCACCAUCCAUCUCAUCAUCAUCAGCAGCCACCAGCCCAACCAAUGGUCCAACUGAUGCAACUUCGGCCACCCAUGAUGCAAAACCCUUAUGGAGGUGGUCCCGGUGGCUAUAUGAAUAUGCAAGCUGGCGGACCGCCCUCGCAGAUUGCUCCCGCUCCGCCUGUGGAUCUAAUGGUGGAGGAUGAGCCACCAACCAAAAAGAUGCGCUCCGAGGAUAACUUGAUUCCUGAGGCAGACUUCAUUGCCACUCACAAGAGUCCUGUGACAAUACAAGUCCAAGUUCCCAACUCGGACAAGUCCGAGUGGAAGCUAAAUGGUCAGAUGAUAGCUAUUUCUUUACCCCUUACCGAGCCUAUUUCCACUCUCAAAUCGAAGCUACAGGAGGAAACUGGAAUGCCACCGGCCAAGCAAAAGAUCUUCUACGAGGGCAUGUUCUUCAAAGAUAGCAAUACGAUGGCUUUCUAUAACCUCGUCAAUGGUACCACUGUGCAUUUACAAGUCAAGGAGCGCGGUGGUCGCAAAAAAUAAACGGACCUCACUUAACAAUAAAACCAUGCGACAAACUUAGAAUGCUCCAUAUGGAAGAAAUCUAUUUGUAAAUGGUUUCGCAUAAAUUUGUAAUAAAUUGUCAAUCACAGAAUUUA